AUGACCCGUCCCCUCCUCGCCCGCAAACCUGACCUCUUAAUCCUCAUAUUUUUCUCCCUCCACCUCUUCUUCGUAACCUGCGUCGACUGCCUCGACCUCUGGCCCACAUGGCUCUCUUCAUCGCCUUACCUGCCAUUUUUUGGUGUGGGCCGGGUUUUACGUGACUUUUAUCUGGAGACGUAUCAGGACAAACUUGUGGCUGAGCAGCCCGGUUGGUUUGUCGUGUUUACGUGGUGUGAGUUGUUGUUUCAUGUUCCUGUUUGUGUCUGGGUGGUGAGGGGGUUGGUCAUCGAUUCGCCGCUCGUCCCGUUGGGAGUUAUUUCCUGGACGGUUGAGACGUUUUUCACGACGCUGCCCUGUGUUGUUGAGAUUUGGAAGUGGGAUGAUCGCUCGGACGAGAUCAAAUGGGGGUUGACUGGGUGUUAUGGGCCUUAUUUGGUUAUUUCUGCCUGGUUAUUUGUGCUCAUGUACGGACGCGUCAAGCAGGCGCUAUUGCUGCAGAGACAAGAGCAGAACAAAGUCAAAGGGCAGUGA